AUGGCCUGAGCCGGACGGAGUCACAAACUCCAGCAGUUCUCCUCCUCAGACUCGCUGCGUCUGUGUCCUCCUCUGCACCUCGUCUCAGCGCUAUGUCCUCGGACACUAAACCACUCCUUGAACUUUAGGAGACCCAAAGGGAGCACAGAGGAUCGCGAUAUUUUAGAUGUUUAUUUAUUAUGGUUAUAGCGGUUUCAUCCCUGCGGCGCAUAUGACGGGACGGAGCGCGGAGCUCGCCGCGGAGUGACAGCGCGCGCGCCUGACCCAUGCUUUCCUAUUGCGAGCCGCUCUAAAGGAAAGGCGCACUGCGACGAAGACUUCUCUCACCCCCACCACCACCACCACCCUCCUCCUCUCCCUCUCCCUGGCGCUCUUUACUUACGGACUUACUCCUAAAGCCUCCGUGCAUGGAUGUAGGCUACCAUGGCUACGUUUGUGUGCAGGGUGCAGUUUCUAGACGACACCGAUCCGUUCAACAGCACCAAUUUCCCGGAGCCUACUCGACCACUGCUCUUCACCUUCAGAGAGGACAUACCGCUCAUCAACCAGCUCGCCGGAGUGCACAGACUCCUCAAAGCGCCGCAAAAGCUCGAUGACUGUGCUCUGCAGCUAUCUCAUAAUGGAAGCUACCUGGAUCUGGAUUCUACUCUGGCAGAGCAGAAAGAUGAGCUGGAGGGCUUCCAGGAGGACGGAGGGAGAGGCAAAAAGCACAGUAUAAUCCUACGAACACAACUCUCAGUAAGGGUCCAUGCCUGCAUAGAGAAACUCUACAACUCGACAGGAAGAGAGCUAAGAAGAGCACUGUUCUCUCUCAAGCAGAUCUUUCAGGAUGAUAAGGACCUGGUGCAUGAGUUUGUGGUGGCUGAGGGACUCAUAUGUCUCAUUAAAGUUGGGGCAGAGGCUGACCAGAACUACCAGAACUACAUCCUCAGAGCUCUUGGGCAGAUCAUGCUCUAUGUGGAUGGGAUGAACGGCCUGAUUGGACACAAUGAAACAGUUCAGUGGCUCUACACACUGGUUGGAUCAAAGUUCCGUCUGGUGGUUAAGACUGCUCUGAAGCUCCUGCUAGUGUUUGUGGAAUACACAGAAGCCAAUGCUGCACUACUCAUCCAAGCUGUCAACGCUGUGGACAAUAAACGAGGUUGUAAGCCGUGGUCUAACGCCAUGGAAAUCUUGGAUGAGAAGGAUGGUGUGGACACUGAGUUGCUGGUCUAUGUCAUGACCCUCAUUAAUAAGACACUUGCAGGCCUUCCAGACCAGGACUCGUUUUAUGAUGUGGUGGACUUUCUGGAGGAACAGGGCAUCGAACCCAUCUCCCAGAGGCACCUCAGCAGAAAGGGCACGGACCUCGACUUGCUGGAACAAUUUAACAUAUACGAGAUGACACUUCGUCACGAGGAUGGUGACGAUGAGUCGUCGCCACCACCGGCAGGCCGCAAGGACCGGCGUCGCGCAAGCGUAGGAGGCACACUCGAAAGACGGGGCCUCGAACGCAGACGCAGCCGAAGACAUUCUCUGCAGAAUGGCAAAGGCCAUGCGUCUGCACCCGCCUCCCCUUGUCACAGCCACAACCCCAACUUCCUACCUUUCAACGGCCAACGGAUUGAGGAUGUCACUGAGAGAGAGGAGGUGGAGGAGGAGGAGAAGGAAGCUGAGGAACCACAGAAUGCAGAACUCUCUGUUCAGGGAUCUGCCAGCUGGAUGGCGCCAACUGUAGCGAAAGAGGAGGCUUCUAGCUUGUGUUUGCCCUUUAAAUGCAUGGUCAACCUCAUCCCCAGCACUGCUGAUUCAGAGGCACGGGAGAGCACCAGGGGCUGUUCUGGGACCAAGGUCAUCUGCAGAGCGCCAGUGUCCUCAGCACCUGUAACUCCAGAUUCUGGCCCAUGUGGUCUGUCUUCUUGGGCCUCCGUCAGGUCUUUGGGGGCUGUGCCCUCCCAGGGUUCAUCCGUCACCUCCUCUGCCUCCACAUCCCCCAGUGAGGAACAUCAAAUGCCCCUUCCUCUCCCAUCCUCCCCCCUUCUCUCGUCUUGCCCGUCAGAAUCGGAUGAGGUGCAUAUGGGGACCCCACAAGUCCAGAGGGGCCGAGACUCCAGUCUUUCAGAUAUUAGAUACUUACACACACCCUGUUCAACAUUCGCUUCCAGAGCCACUCCUAGUGUUGGCAGACAAAAUGGCUAUGCUGGCACAUAUCCUGGUAGGUCAUCAGGUGCAUCCAGUGCCCCUUCUACCCCCUUCAACCGCUUCAUUACAACAGGAGGGUCACCUAAUGACAGCAAACCUGACAGGCCGGGUCUGGGAGGUUUACUGGCCUCAUCGUACAGGCAGCACCAGGAGUCUCUGGCUGCAGAGCGGGAGCGGAGGCGUCUUGAGAGAGAAGAGAGGCUGCACCGCAUCGAACGAGAGGAGAGAACUCGUUUUAGUCGUGACUAUGUGCAGAGGAGAGAGGAGGCCAUUCAUGCUCGUGAAGAGAGGUAUAAACAAGUGGAACGUCUGGCAGCGGAGGAGUACGAGAGGGAGCAUGUAGCAUCAGCGCCAAGAGGUCGCACAGAAAUCACACUCAAUCUGAGUUCACGCACCUCCUGCAACUCCCGCUGUCCAAUCCCGUCCUCCACUGAGUCUCAGGAGAAUAAACGUCCUCAAGCCCACGCUGCACAAGAAGCUGAGCCAGAACCAAGCCGUGGGGAGUCUGGCCUACAGUGGUCCUCAGAGACAGAGGAGGAGCAGAGGACUGUGGAUGAGAAAGACAUAACGGUGUCUGUGCUGCAUACAAAGCCAGGCAACUCGGACAAAACAGGGACAUGGACAUUAAGAAAAGAUGAAAGUGAAAAAGAAGCACAACAGGAGGUCGAGAAAGUUGAAGAUGUGAAAGUGAAGGAAAAAGAAAGGGAAAAAGUGUGCACAGAGGAAAUGACGGCGAAUGAGACUGAAUUAGAGGCAGAAGAGGAGUGUGAGAAAGAACAGAUUGUGGAAAGAGACACGGAGGACAGCACGGCCCUCAGUGAGAAAGAGAGGCAGAAUGAGGAACUGAAUGAGAAGGACAACUGCUCGGCUUCCAGCAUCUCCUCAGCCAGCAGUACACUGGAGAGGGAAGAGCGAGAGGAGAAGCUCAUGUGUGAUAAUGAUUCAGGCCAGUGGGCAGAAUGCAUUAAGGCAGCAGACAUCAAUGAACAGUGUGACAAAGUCCUCAAUAACAAGCGCUUCAUGCUGGACAUGCUCUAUGCACAAAAUACGAAGCCUACUGAGGAUGAGGAGAAGGAGAACGAGAAAGAGUUAGAGGGCCCAGGAGGCCAGGAGUCGUCAGUCAACAGCCUCGCCACUCGCAUCUCAACUCUGGAGGCCCGGCAGCAGGCAUGUGAGGACAAUGUGAAGAAAAUGGAAGUGCAGCAUCUGGACAACCAUGGCAAUGUGCGGAUCGUGGCCGAAAAGUUCGGUGACUUGGUAAAGGGGCUGGUCUCACCUCAUGAGGCUGAGCAUGCAGGGAAGGAGAAAGCACCUUCACCCACGCCGCCCAAAAAGGAGUCGGAUCACAUCUGGGACCAGCUGAUGGCCAAACCUCGCGAACUUCGCAUCAAAGAAAUGGACUUUACAGACCUUUUGGAGGAGGAUGACGUCGACAUUUUGGAUGUCGGAAACAUGAUCAAGUCAGGUGACCACAUGACACCCCCUCCCCCACCCCCGUGUAUACCAAACCUCCCGCCCCCUCCUCCCCUUUUCGGUUGUCCACCCCCUCCACCUGUACCAGGAGGGAUGUUACCUCCACCACCACCUUCCAUGGCGCCAGUGUCUUCCUCACAUAUCGGUUCUCCUCAACAUAGUCGAGGAGAUCCUCCACUCUUUCAGAAGAAGAAGAAGACCAUCAGACUCUUCUGGAACGAGGUGAGACCCACAGACUGGCAAUACGGCAGUGACAAGCACUGCAAGGAGUCACUGUGGUCCAAACUGGAACCUGUAAAGUUGGACACAGCCAAGUUGGAGCUCCUCUUUGAAACCAAGUCCAAAGAACUUCCUGUUACAAAGAAAACAGCAGCGGAUGGGAAACGGCAGGAGAUUAUUGUUCUCGACUCCAAAAGAAGCAACGCCAUCAACAUUGGCCUCACGGUUCUUCCACCACCCCGCACCAUCAAAACAGCCAUCCUCAACUUUGAUGAGUAUGCUCUGAACAAAGAGGGUAUAGAGAAAAUCCUGACGAUGAUCCCCACAGAAGAGGAGAAGCAGAAGAUACAGGAAGCACAGCUGGCGAACCCAGACAUUCCUCUGGGCAGCGCUGAACAGUUCCUCCUCACGCUGUCCUCCAUCAGUGAGCUGUCUGCUCGCCUGCACCUCUGGGCUUUCAAGAUGGACUAUGAUGUAUUGGAGAAGGAAGUGGCAGAGCCCUUACAGGACCUGAAGGAGGGCAUGAGUCAGCUGGAGAAGAACAAGACACUGUGCUUUAUUCUGUCCACACUACUCGCUAUCGGCAAUUUCCUCAAUGGAUCAAACGCUAAGGGCUUUGAGCUGAGUUACCUAGAGAAAGUUCCAGAAGUGAAAGACACUGUGCAUAAGCAGUCUCUGCUUCACCACGUCUGCUCCAUCGUAGUGGACAAGUUUCCAGAAAGUUCUGACCUCUACUCUGAGAUUGGCGCAAUUACACGCUCUGCUAAGGUGGACUUUGACCAACUUCAGGACAAUCUGGCCCAGAUGGAGCGGCGCUGCAAAGCUUCCUGGGACCACCUGAAGGUCAUUGCAAAGCAUGAGAUGAAGCCGGCACUAAAGCAGCGCAUGUCUGACUUCCUGAAAGACUGUGCUGAGAGGAUCAUCAUCCUCACCAUCGUCCACAGACGCAUCAUCAACAGGUUUCAUGCCUUUCUGCUGUUCCUGGGUCACCCAGCAUAUGCAGUGAGGGAAGUCAGCAUCCACCGCUUCUGUAAGAUCCUUAGCGAGUUUGCGCUGGAGUAUCGCACCACCAGGGAGAGAGUGCUGCAGCAGAAACAGAAAAGAGCUAACCACCGAGAGAGGAACAAGACCCGGGGCAAAAUGAUUACUGAUAGUGAGGAUGAAGAGGAUAGUGAGAGCGGCAAGUUUGCAGGCGCUGCAGCAGACGGUCACGACGCUCCAGUGCAGGGACUCGACUACGCUGAGAAUGCAGCAGAGCACGAGCAGAUGACCGCAGUUCUGAGAGACGGUCUGCAGCUUGGAGACACCACUCCUUCGGUCCUGCCUGGUCUACGCACCCGCACCCGAGCCAGCCGAGGCCGCAUGGGACUGUGGUCCUCUGCCAACGAAGACACAUCGAACUGCAUGGAAGACACAGCAGAUGAGAUCAUGGAGCGUAUAGUAAAGUCAGCAACUCAGGGCCCCAGUCAGCGCAGUCAGCCUCGCGAGAGGAGACGCUCCAGAGCUAACCGCAAGUCCUUAAGAAGAACACUGAAGAACGGGCUCACCCCAGAGGAGGCACAGGCUCUGGGAUUAGCCAGUGGCUCUGAGAUGCAAGUGUGACACAGAAUAGAUUCUAGCAGCUCAGGGUCUUCAUACACACACACGCACACACACACGCACACGCACGCACACACACACACACACACACACACACAUGCACACGCACACACACACAUGCACACACACGUACACACGCUUCAAAUCUCAAUACACCUGAUCCUGGACACUGCAACCUAAGCAUGCUGUUUGAAAGACUGAUAUUUCUUAACACCUACCACUUUUACUGCAUUUUUAAAAGACAAGCACAGUAUCAGCUGCCGUUCAACCUUCUACAAUACAACUCUCUAAACACAAAUACAGACACACUCUUGUAGCCCUGUGUGGUAGUGAGGAACGAGUUCUCGAAAAAGACAAACGUGUUAGUGUUGCUUACCACUGUGGCCUUGAGUGUGAACCCAAAGAUCAGUGGCCGAUCUUUCACACCAUGGUUAUCAAACAUUAGCCGUUUGGAGAAACCUGCUUUGGUUAGUAGCACAUUCAGCAUUCAUGUCCAAGGGAAACUGCAGAGCACAGAUUUAUAGAAAUCCCUGAAGUAGAGGUGAUUCUCUCUGCACUGCUGUGGUAUUAUUGAUUAUUAUUAUAUAUACUUUAUAUAAGGUUUUUUUUAUUAUUAUUAUUAUUAUUAUUUUUGAGUGAGCCUGAGAUGAUCAGCGAUAUGCAACAACAUACAGGUCUGAUACACAAUGCUGACCUACAGCACCUUCUGCCACUUGUACUGUAGUCCAUCUGCUGAAAGUGCUCAAGGAGAAUAGGCGGAAAUCUGUUUCCAGACACAAAUCAACACUAGUCUUAGCCCAAGAAGAACUUUUGAUGCUGCCUUGAUGUUAACUGUUACAAAUGAAACAUUUUUAAUUCAACCUUGUGUGAUGCAUGACAGCUAUACUUGUGGCAUCUGGUCAAAACGUUGCAUCUUUGGAAAAGGACAGAGGUGUGGUCAUGCGGUCUCUUCAGCACAGCAGCACUCAGCUUUUAUCGGAAGAACACUUAUUAUACAUGUGAAAAUCAUGAAACGUCUGUUCUGUAGCUUGAAACCCAAAACAUUAAUCUGACAAUCCACGCAACUGUACUACACGACCCGGUAGUACCCAACCCCCCACCCCACCCCAGCACCUUACUCUGUGUAUCAUGUCAUUUUAAAGCAAUGGCAAGUAUUAACAAGAAGAAGUGUCUUUGUUUUUGUCUGAUGUCUUCUUCUUUUCAGAUAAUCGAGUACUGUAAAAAUGACAAAUGAACUAGAAAUCUAAUGUAGAAACUAAAUGUUCCCUAAGAAGACAAAUGUUGUACAAUUGUGUAAAUCUCUUGUUUUUAUUUGUGCAUCUGUUGCAUUCGUAUUUGUAUAGAAUAGUGUAUUAUAGGUCAGAAGCAGUGUUAUUCUGUGAUAAUUAUAAUUUAAGAAAAGUAAAGCAAGCCAUGCGUUGUUUAAAAACCAAGAGGAAGUCAAAGGAGUCGCGUCAAAGGGAGCUUCUGCGACGUCGGGUGGAUGCUCAGCGAUGUUUGCUUUUGUUAUGUGUAAUAAAUUUUUUUAAGGUUGUUUUUUUUUUCUUUCCUUUUUUUUGCACAAACUUGAAACAUGUUUGGUCCUUGUAACCCACCCACCUUCCACUCCUGCUCACAAGCCUUUUCGAGAUCAUUGCACUUAAAGUAAACAGAAUCGAGUCAUGUCCAACAUUUUGCUGCAAGUGCCAUACAAAGUGGGUAUUGAAUAAGAGUACCAAGAAUGUGAAUUAGUCUUGUUAAUACUCACAGCGGAAAAAAAAAAAGUAUAUACUGUAUAAAAAAUCUUGCAAUAAAAAGCUUUUAUGAAGCAUCCAGAGAAAACGCUGGUCAUGUGGUGUGUUUCAUGCAGAUAUCGCACUGAAGUAUCUAUAAUGUUCAGAACUCAAUAUUUCACCUUAAUCAUUAAAACUCUUCAGAAAUUGUAUUAUUUCGGCAUUAAACAUGUGAAGCCGUUCAACAUCUCAUGCUUGAAACAUCCUUUUCCUCAAGUUAUCUGUUACAGGUUGGGGAAAAUAUACAUUUUGUUAACAUGAUAUGUGCUAAUUCAAAUACUCGUUUGUUU